GAUCUUUGAGCGUCGCGCAACCAGGGACCCAGCCAGUCACUACCAAGUGGAGAUGGCUGCCAUGAACAACAUGAAAACAAAUAUGUGGCGUUCUGGCACGUGGAACGCAAAGAAGUGGAUGGACGACUUGGCGCGGGCUUUAGGCGAGCGAAAGGUGUCUACAGGCUAUGUGCCAUCAUUCUCGAAGCACGGUCGCUCAGCCCACGCGGGAGACCAAUGUCAUAGUUUCACGGAUGACCACGCGGCCUUUGGCUACCACGAUCGAGAGAAUAUGCAGCGGACAGCGAAAAUGAAGCAAGUCAAAGAUGCUUUUAUGGCUUUCGUUGGAAAUGUAAAUCUGUCUCGAUGGUUCAGGAGGUUUCAGAGUAAGGGGUUAGGUUUAGGAGUAGCAGAAGUAGCUGACUCUGACCUACAGUAAAUUUAUGGUUUUGUCACCAGUUUUGGUGUAGUGGUCACAGGGCUUUGCUUUAUGCGCUAGCAAAUAGGUCUUCUACUUCCUUUUCAUACACAACGAAAGGCAGAUCCGUCGUAAAGCGAAGGAGCGACAGCGCGUCACGCAGGGCAAAAACUUGAUCGGGGUUGUAGGGUACACCAAC